AUGGAUGUGAUUUUAACUUCCCGGCCAAAAGCCAAAGAGAGACGGCCCCCCAAAAUCAAAUGGCAUCUGUUGGGGAAGGCUGAGUUGGCCCGGGAAUUUAGAAAAGUAGUGGUUGAUAAGAUGAUUGAAAUGGGAGAAAUGAAUGAAAAGAAUGUGAAUGAAUGCUGGAGUGGAAUGGCGACGUGUAUAAGGAAAGCGGCAAGAAGCAUUCUAGGAGAAUCAAAAGGGAAUGGAGUGAUAGAGAAGGAAACUUGGUGGUGGGUGGAAGAAGUGCAGAGUGUAUUAAAGGAAAAGAAGAUGAAAUUCAAGGAAUGGCAGCGGACGGAAGACAAUGAUGAUAGUGAAAAAGCACGAAAAAAGGCUGAAUAUGAUGAAUGUAAGAAGAAAGCAAAGAAGAUUGUGGCUGUUUCAAGGGCAAAAGCGCACGAGAGGAUGUAUGACUCCUAG